AUGAACUCGGUCCAUUUCCGGCCACUCGUGCCCGGCCCGCCGCCGCGCACGUCACUAGACUCCAAGCCGCUGCGCAAGAAGCAGCGCGUCUCGGUCGCGUGCAAUGAGUGCAGGGCCAAGAAAACCGCCGUGAGUCCCCCCGCCCCGCCUGGAGGCCCGCCUACCCUGACGUACGUCUGCCGCCAGUGCGAUGGACGCAAGCCAGUCUGCGCGGCAUGCCAGGCACGGCCAUCGGAGUGCACCUACCGGAACACAGAGGAGCACGAGACGCCCACCAUGGCCCUCAAACGAGAGAACGACACGCUGCGAGAGAACGUUACCACACUCGAGGUAUUCAUAAAACAGCUCCGAUCCGCGCCUGAUGACAUUGCCCGCGACAUCCUACAGAAGCUGCGAUCCGCUCCGGACCUCUUCGCCGUGGUCAGGGCAGCCACAGGAGAGGUCAUUAAUGGGCAGCCUUCGGAGAAGACGACCGCGCUCGGAAUCCUACCCCAAAUCCACUCUGACGCCGAGUUCGAGCUCAUGGUGCGCCAUCCAAAUGCUUACCCAACGGUGGACCUGUCAAAAGACAGGCUACUAUCGAGUGAGGCUCCCCUCGGUGCGCCUGCUCCGGAUGGUGACCUGGCCCCUCCUACCGCCAGAGCCUCUGUGCCCACCGUGUCGGUAUAUGAGAUUGCAGACGCCGAUACAGCCGGCCGGGAACGACAACGCACCGCGCCCCCCCUUAGCACCGCAUCGAGCAGUGACGGAGAAACGGUCCCUCGUUACUUCGAUUCCCGCCUGGCUCGACUCAAGAUAGCAUUCUGGACCAGUGUGGGAGCCACUGAUGAAUAUGCCGCCCGCGCCAUCUCCCUGUACCUGCAGACUGAUUAUCCCGUCUUCGGCCUCUUCGACGCCGACCUGUUCAUUCGUGACCUUGUCGAGUUCAAUUUCGAUUAUUGUUCCGCUUUCAUGGUUAGCUCGCUCCUGGCAUUCGCAUCCCAAGGCUACACUUCCAGAGAUCCGCAGGCAGAGCCACUGAGUUACGAAUUUGAGAAAGAGGCGCAGAGGUUAUGGCUGGUCGAGCAGGCGUCUGAUUCUAUUACUACCUUGGCCGGCGCCAUUCUUUUAUCCAUGUCUUUGGGGGGCCACGGGCAGAGCGAGGAUAGACAAGCUGUCGUCGACGCUGCUUACGAUAUGGCGAAGCGCAUGGAGCUGUUUGGGGUUCCACAUGCGCUUAGAGACUUGCCUCUGCUCCCGGAAGAGACUCAGAGAGCAACCGCUCACACCGCGUGGGGCGCAUUCAACAGCAUCAUGCUGCAGGCGCUCUUCUACAUUACGCAACCAACUCCAUACACACCGGCAUUGCCGGUUCCGGAAGGUCCUCCAGCAUGCGAUGAGCACGCUGACGACACCAACGACCACUCUUCUUGCGCUCUAGGCAUUCAUCGGACUUUUGUCGCGUUUUGUGGGCUCUCCCACAUCCUUUCCGAGAUUUUGUGCACGUAUCGGUGUAACCAGCCUCCACGCCCAGCUUUGGCAUUCGCUCUGUCGAGGUUCCAGAAGCUGUUGGCACUAGCUGACAAACUGCCCAAGUUCGCGCUGCGGAGUGGCACCCCUGCAGAUCACGCCCUUGUAUUCCACAUAUUCUAUCACAUAGCGGUGUUAGACACAGUCCGCCCAUUUAUCCCUCCCCCGAAGCAACACGGCUUCACAUCAUACUUGGCGCAUGUCUCGUCACCAGACGCCAUAUUCGCCGCUUCUCUUAAGCAGCUUAAAAGUCUCAUCUUCCAGUACACAAGCCAGUACCAUACAGCGACUUGUUCGCUACUCUGGACCUGUGGCCUCAUCCCGCUUGCCAACGCCGUGCUCAAGGACCGCGUAGACUUGAAUCGACGCUCUGAUUUCCUCUACAUCAUUCGUAUUCUCCAGAGUCUGCGCCCGGCGUACGCAUUGGUCGAUGUUGCCAUGCGGGGCCAGCUGGCGCUUGCGCUCGAUGACAAUGCUAUCACUAAAGAAGAGGCUCGCGUUCUAAUGGACGGAUUGGAUAAGCAUGCCCACGCGAGCAUAGACAAGCCCAUUACCGGAGGUUUUGCGGUGGAUUUGGAUCUUGCGGCUACGGAUCCGGUGAAUGCGCAGGUUGACGUGCUGGCAGAGCGGUUUGAGGAGAUUACGGUGUUUGAUGAGUUCACGGAGGGUAUUCUCUAA